AUGACAGCGACAGAGGCUCCGGAUUCUGACGAAGGUGAGGAAGGAGGGAGGGAGAAUAACGGUCGCUCGUCAUUGCAGGAUCUUACAGAUCAUAUACAACGACAAGGGCAAUAUCCUGCGGCCGAAGGUGGUUUUGCUGAUAUAUGGUCAUGUCUCUUGAACAGUUCCCAGAGUCAAACAAUGGGGCAAGUUGUUGCUGUCAAAGUCCUUCGCAUGGCUCGUCUUGUCGACGACAAUGAGUUGAAGGGUCUCAAGGGAUCACAACGGGAAUUGGCGAUCUGGUACACAUUAUCCGAUCACCCACGAGUGUUACCCCUCCUUGGCUUUUCUCUAGACUUUGGUCGUUAUCCAUCCAUGGUAUGCCCAUGGAUGGAGAAUGGAACCCUGCAUAAUUAUCUCAACGGUGCAGGCAAGUCAUGGAGGCUAGCUGACCGAUAUCACAUCCUCCGCCAGAUUUGUUCAGGACUCGCUUACGUACACUCCCGCUCAAUAGUGCACGGCGAUUUGUCAUGUUCCAACAUCCUCAUUGAUGAUAAUGGGGAUGCACGUUUGAGCGACUUUGGUCUCUCCGCCUUUGUUCCCCUCGCCCAAGCCUCAUCACCUACAAGCAGUCCUGACGACAUCUUCUCCGUCAAGCCAGCUCUGAAGUUUGAGGUAUCCCUUGACGCUGAAACCACAGUGUCUCGCUCCGAAUCUUCGGAAAUAAAAGGAAAUCCUUGCUUCAUGGCUCCCGAACUCUAUCACCUCGGCAAUGAUAGUACUCACCGCAAAACAUUUUCCAGCGACAUAUAUGCUUUCGGCGGUGUUAUUCUUCAGACGCUGACUGGAACAAUGCCCCAUCACGAUCUCAGACAUCCUGCGCAGAUAGUGCAUCGCCUAGACCGCGGUGAACCCCCUUUUCAACGCGAAGACUCAAUGAUUCUCACAGAUGACCAAUGGAUGCUCCUGUGCGCGUGCUGGGAAACACAGCCGUUCAACCGACCCUCCUUAUUAGCGAUUAUGCAGAACCUGCAGAAUCCGGAGAUUAGAAACUAUGCCUCCAAGUUUCCCGUGCUACCUCAUUGA